AUGAGCAGCUCCAGCCCCUUCCGCGACAGCCUACGCAGCCAGAGCUCUGUGCAGCUCAUGGGGUUCAUCGACCACUGUGUGCGUGUGGACGUCCAGGAGACGACGGAAGAAGGAGAGCUGCGUAUCCGCGGCUACGAGACGCUUUUAGGCACGAGCACCGCCGUCUUAUCCUGUAUUCAGGUGUUACGUCGAAUUAUCCGCGAAUAUGCAUACGGUCGAGUGGGACGAGAGCUGCAACAUUUGUCACUAACCGUGGCCUCCUUCGAGCGCGUACUCUACACCUUCAUCAAGGAGGAGAUCGUCGUGGCUUCUAAGCAUUACGCUAGUCGUCCAGCUGUGGAUUUCAGGACAAAAACGGCACUUAAAGAUAUUAUACCUUUGAUUCCGACUGAUGAGAGGUACACGAUCCUAUCGGGAGGUGUGGCGUCGCUCUUACGUCACGCUACCAAGUCAUUGGAGGAGACGCGGCAGGUGCUGGAAGAACUCCAAUCUGGAUACAAUCCGGAUCGCGAGAACCGCUGGUCCAGGACGUCCGUGGUGCUUGUACUGACGUUCAUGUUUCUCUACAAGAGAUUCCGUAUCCGCACGUCGUUCAAGCAGUUCUUAAUGCAAGUGAUGCCUACGCGGCAGAUGGUCAAGUGGGGGAUUGUGCUCCUCGUGGUUGCAGACUACUGGAACCGAGCCAUGUAUCGAUUCUCCAACUUGCGACGUAUCAAAGUGCAUCACGCCCGAGUCCUUAUGGCGCUGAGGCUCUUCUUGCUCUGUCAGCAUGUGCUGCAACGUGCUCGACCGAUCAGUAAUGCGUCAGACCAUCGACUGCUGAUUGAUAACCCGAUGGAGGCAGACAUCGACGACGAUCUAAAGAAUGCCACGACGCUCUUGGUGGAGAGAGUGCCGCUGCCUGCUGAGUACUACGACCGGUCGUCGGAGCCAUGGGGGUUCACAGCUUUCAAGAUCGGCACGAAUGUUCUCACAGCUUCCAGCGCCUUUGCCACUCGAGUUCUAGAGCAUCAGAAUAAGCUGCUACUCAAGAUCUUGGGCCCGCCGCUGCUUGUUAUGGCAAUUCCAUACUACGCGAUCCGAAACGCCAAAGCGGCAAGAUACACAACUCGUACGCUUAUCGACCACCCGGAUGUGGACGUCAUUCGCAUGGGCUGGCAGGUGUUCGGUGAGUCUCGACUCGUACGAUUCAUCACGAGUCUGCAGUGCCCCAAGAUUCCUGUGUUUGAAGAGCAGUUCCUGGCAGCAGAUGGCGCCAGUCUCAACAAGAAUCGCAGCAACGAGUCUGAUAUCGGAAUUUAUUUUUUCAGUGCACGACCGAUGGAAUCUGUGAAGGCAGGGACGUGGACGAACGCUUGCACACCAUUAACGACGAAGAUGAUUGCGUGCGGGCUGCCGUCGACGCGUCCUGUUCUCCUCUACAUCCACGGCGGAGGCUUCUUCGGACGGUUUAUUGCAAAAGAUUUUCUAAAUCUAACAAACUGGGCCUGCGUGCUGGGUGCAGUUAUCGUCUACGUCGAUUAUGGUCUAGCACCAGAGACGCACUAUCCGGACUCCAUGAACCAAUGCUACACUGUGUACAAGUGGGUGCUUAAUGGCGGAUUGGGAUUCCGUCCUGGCAAGAUUUCACUGUUCGGUGAAAGCGCUGGUGCGAAUAUUGGGGCUGCGCUUUGCAUUCGAUGCAUCCAAGACGGCAUCGAUCUUCCCAGUGGGAACGUGUUCAUGUUCCCUGCACUGAAUCUGCACUUGUCGCCAUCGCCGUCACGAUUCAUCCACCAGAAUGACCCUGUGCUGCCACGUGGCAUACUUGAGCUGGCACUCACGUCCUACUACCCUUCUCACGGCCACUCGAACCAGUACAAACUCAACAUCCACGAUCCGUGCGUGUCGCCUGGAUUGGCGGAGGACUCAUUACUUGAGAAAUUCCCGCCGACUUCGCUCGUGGUAGGCGACUUGGAUCCGCUUCUGGACGACAGCGUCGACUUCUACACGCGGCUCUCGUUCUUGAAGGUACCGUCGACAUUGAAGAUUUACUCAGGGCUUUCACAUGGCUUCCUCAUCUACGGUGACUUGGUUCCGGAGGCUCAGAAAGCCAUUGAUGAGACGUGCGAGCGCGUACAGAACUGUAUCCGACUACGUUAG